AUGUACGACUGCUCAUUCAAGAAGAACAAGAAGGAAUGGAUACUCGACAUGGGGUUCGACCCAGAGCGAGUCGACUGGGCACUUUACGCCACUAAGAGUGCAGGUCUUCAGCCAGCUCUAGACCAUCUCGAGGCGAACCAGGACGGUCCAGUCCCGACCGACUACAAGUCUGCCGCGCCCGCCUCCGGCUCGGGCUCUGCCAACGCUGGCCAUGACUACGACGAGGAAGAUGAAGCUGCAUUGGCAGAUCUGGUCUCCAAGAAGGGUCAGCAAGCCGCUGAUGAUGCUGUCAACAAUGUCGGUGAAGCCAAGUCGAUCAAGUGCACCGACUGCGGCAAAAUCUUCAAGUCGCCCGCCUUCGCCUCCUUCCACGCCGAAAAGGCGGGACACACCUCGUUCGAGGAAAGCACCGAAGAGAUCAAACCGCUCACCGAAGAAGAAAAGAAGGCCAAACUCGAAGAGCUCCGCAACAAGCUCGCACUCAAGCGUGCCGCGCAGUCCAAGAUCGACGCCGAAGAAUCCAAAGCCAAUGAAAAGAUCCGUCGCAAGGCGGGCCAAGACCUUACCGAGGUCAAGGAAGACAUGAAGCGCAAGGAGCAGAUCAAAGAAGCCGAACGCAAGCGCAAGGAGAAGGCGGACGACGCUGCGUUCAAGGCCAAGAUCAAGGCUCAGAUUGAAGCUGACAAGCGCGAGCGUGCAGCAAAGGCUGCGGCGGACAAGGCGGCGAGGCAGGGUGGGGUGGAGCAGGUGGUGGCUACGCCUGCGAGUGGGCCGAGUGCGGCGGCUUUGGCGGCGAGUGCGGGUACGCAGGCUAGCAAGAGCUCGGCGAAUGAGGCGAGACUGAGAGUCAGGGCUCCCGGUGGCACGUGGAUGGGAACGCUGCCUGCGGAUGCCACUCUGCGGGAUGUAGAGGAUAAGAUCAGGGCUGAGGGCAAGGAUGGCGGCAGUGGACAGCUCAAGGCGUUCCCGAGGAAGUUCUUUGAUGCAAACGACGCAUCCAAGACUCUGCGCGAGCUCGGCUUGCUGCCCAAUGCUGCGCUCGAAGCAGUGGCGCAGUGA